UAGACCCGAUAUCGUCGGGAGCAGACGAAAAGCCACCGGCACCAGCUGAGCCUAUUACACCGCUGGAAACAACAGCAACACCGGAAGCGCCCUCACCAAUAUCGGAUGCUUUGACCGAGGCACCAGUGCCAGCAGAGUCGGAAACAGCAGCGGAGACAUCAACUGUAAUAGGGGAAGAGACGUCGGCCGCAGAGAACCAACCACUGAAAGCUGCCGAGCCCGCACCAACUCCGGUGGAGCAAACACCGGCAGCAGUAGAACUAACGCCGGCACCAGUAGAACAAACGGCAGAGCCGCCCCCGGCCGAAUCCGAACCUUCUGUCGUAGCAGCGACCCCAUCAUCGGCAGCACCGGAGGUGACGUCAUCCCAGCUGGCAUCCCCUACAGCGGAAGGGAUGGCCGCGGCCCAGCCCCCGAGCAUACCGGCACCGGCCGCCCCAGUGACUUCUGAGGACCAGGUGGACCCGCCGUCGGCCCAGUCGACCAAUGGGCAGGCGGCACCAACGGAUGCAGCCAAUCCCGUGCGAGCGAUCACGCAGCAGAACCAGAUGAGUCUGCAGGACCUGUGUCGUGACAUGAAGCAGAGCUUCAAGCAGAACAGCCUGGGGCUACAGACACGUCUCACCCGGCUGGACGACCGCAUGUCCGCUGUCGAACGUAUGCAGUUCCUCAUCCGGAAACAGUCCGAAGAGAUGCAGGAUCUCAAGUUCCGCAUGGUCGACGCGGAGAGACGGAACCAACAGGACCAGAAGAAGGUCAUCGCCUAUAGGAAGAAGGUGAAGGAGCUGCAGACCAGCUUGCGGGAGAUGCAGAUACGAGAGUCGGUGAGAGACCGCGCCGAAAAAGAAUUAGAGAUGCGUGAGACCCGACGGGCGAAGCAGCAGCCGCCGUACACGCCGCCGCCGCAGGUCAUCACCGUCCCGCAGCCCAUGCCGAUCUUCAUGCCGAGCCAGGCGUACGGAGGCGGCCAGGCGUACAACGGCAGCGGACAGGACCCUAAUUAUUACCAGCCAAUGCCGGUGCAGCAAUCCAGUUACCAGCAGCCGAACUACCAGCAGCCGAGCUACCAGCAGCAGGAGCCGCUGCCGGCGCUGCCGCCGCCAGCGCCAUCUAUCGUGGAGCUGCCGCCCGAGCAGCCGCCGCCUCCGCCGCCGCCGGCCUCCACCGCCGCGGCCAGCCGACGGGGCUCCGUGUUCUCCGUCAAGAGCUUCCGCAGCAAGAAGGGCGUCGAGGCGAAGUGACGUCGCGGUGUGGGAAGAGGUGGUGUUGGGAGACCUCGGUGACCGCCGGGGUGUCGCUGUCUGGGCUGGGUUAUGAGCUGGGGAAACCGGAGCACGAUAGUUUUGCUGGUCUCGUAAACGGACGUCGGUAGCCUUGCGCCCAACCCUGUCGCACUUGUAAAAUAAGUAGCUCCCUUUGACAUGAAAACAGUAUUCGGCAAUAUUGAAGGGGUUCAUGCUCUUGAUGGCAGUUCAUUUUCAAUGUUGUAUUUGCCUAUAUUAGUCCUCCAACAAGUGUUUGCACACCACUUGCAUACCUUACUACGAAUGUCGUCGAAAUAAGGCCUCUGAGUCUUAUGAAUUAUCACUGGUUGUCGUGCUGGCCUCAACACAACACUUUGUUGUAAACUCUGCGUGCUUGCUCAGUAUUUACCAGGUGUGUUUAGGUGCUGAUUGCUGAUUAAUUGGCUUUGUUUUCUGCCGUUCGUGGUCUAACUUCGAAGGUUACUUCAUCGACACCAUUCGCCGACCGUCACCUUUUUAACAACAGCAGACGUUGGCUAGAUUGUAGAUGUCCCUCGAAGAGUGAGAACAUCGCGUUGCGAUGUUUUGUUUUGCUUAAUCCUGUCUAUUAUGGGAUUGUUAGUGUUGCAUGGCGUGAUCGGCUUUGGGGUCCCAGGUACCUAUUGUAUUUACGCAAAGAACUGCGUAACGUUACGGUUCUAACACGUGCUGUGGAGCGAUAAACCAUCUGAAUACCCGUGUGCAUGAAAAACGUUUGCUUUCUCCUGCCUUUCCCUGACCUUGUUCAGAUCGCAAAUAAACUUGGCGACGACGA